CUCUUGAUAUGUCUAGAAAAGAGAAUUUAUCUUCAUUAUCAGACUCCAUUAACACAGUCAACAGGUACGGAAGAACUAAUAGUUAUGGAAAAGCUGUAAAACAUUCCUCCCUUGCUAAACUCAGGCCUGACCAGGGAGUUUACAGAACUCCUGAAGUUAAGGCAUUGAGAGCAUUUGUUGGUGUUUAUAAUAUGCUCUUUUGGAUCACAGGAGCUGCAGUUUUCAGUUUGGGAGUGUCAUGUCUGCUUGAUAUUCAAACUGAAGAACUUUCAACUCUCUUACAGGUGGAGCUUGUACCGUACCAACCUGGUGUACCUGUACUGUACUGGCUGUACCUGGGUCUCCUCUUGGCUGGCAGUAUUAUAUUUAUAACAGGAUUUAUGGGGUGCUGGUCCUCUAUGCAAGGGAACUCUACAGCGGCCAUGUUGUAUAUAAUGCUCCUUCUAAUCUCCUGCAUAGGGGAAAUAUCUCUAACUGCAAUUGCUAUUAUAAGCAGAGAUCUUAUAUUGGAAAGAACAGAACAGGAGCUGGUUCCAAAACUAAAGAUGAACUAUAAUAUACCAGGACAUGAUGGGUUCUCUAGAUCGAUAGAUCUCAUGCAGACUAAGUUUGAAUGCUGUGGCCUGGGAGGAUUAAAUGAUUAUACUUUAUCCACUUGGUCAAGAGAAGGAAUCCCCUCACUUGAAGGAAUACCGUCACGUGAUAACAUCUUGUCACGUAAUGAAAAGGAGGGCUGGAAAGCCCGACUAAAGGUUCCGUUGACCUGUUGUGCUCUAACUAACUCCCAUGAGUUGACCGGAUACUUGGAUCCUAAACCUUCAGAUCUCAGUAAAUGCCAGGAUUUAAGCAGCAGAACCAUUCUUGCAAGGUAUACAGAUGGAUGCCUGGACAAGCUACUAAGCUGGGGUGAGGGACAGUGUAUAAUGAUCGCUGGUGUAGCAGUAGGGGGAGCAGUUCUUCACAUUUUAGGAAUUGUGCUGACUUGCUGUCUUCUACAAAAACUACAUCCAUCACAAUAAAGGAGUUGAGUCUUUGCCACAAAUUCUGGUUUUUAAAUCCCUAUAUCUUAAUAA